AUAGCCUUCUCCCUUCUUCGACCUUAUAACUAAAAAAGUACUUUGAGAUACAUCAUACCAUCAAAAUAAGCAAAACUCCAGAAUUAUCAACAUCAAACCGCCCAAAAUGCCCGAGACCUUCCCCUCUGCUCAGACCGGCUCCAUUGAUGCCAACUCCCAGCCAAAGUCUGCGAGCGAGGCAGCUCAGCCUCAAGGAGCAAAGCAGUUCGCAUUCGCAGCUCAUCAGGCACACCCGGGUCCCGCCGUUCCUCAAAGCAUGCCAGAGCAAGAAGGCACCAAAGAAGAACGACAGGCCAAGGCCAAGGAGUUAAACAAAUAGAUUUGUUGAAGAUACUCACUGGAUAGAUGCACCUCGAAAUGUAAUGAUAGGCAUGAUGAUAAUAAAUAAGGAAUAUGUUAUCUGAUACUUCAAAUAACUUGACUGCCUGACAAUAGGUAGCGAAUUAAUGAAUUGAAGUUGCCUAAGAAUGAAACAAGCCAUCAAGUCUCAGCGGCAACAUACGGAUGCAUGUACAUCAAUCGAUUCUUGUAUGAUGUGUGUGUAGGAUGACGUACGUACCGUUGUGGCGUAGCCUUAGUACCUAGUAUUCAUCGCUACAUGGUACCGACAUUAUACUAUAUGUACGUGUAUGUGGGCAAUUUAGGCAUGACAUACU